ACUCGGGACGCAACAGCGCGUUUGACAUAAUACUACAUAACGAGCACGACUACGCAGACGACGCUCUCGCGUAUUAUUAUUAUUAUUUUUUUUUUUACAUUUUCAUCCGGCGUGUUCGUUUUCAUGGCCCGCGAUCGGCACACUGUCCGCGGAUAACUACUUCUCUAUACUGCGACUAAAAUACGCUGUGAUGAUAUUACUACACUGCUUGGCAUGCUUAGUCGCUGCCGCCAUGGGCGCGGUGUUGCCACCACCUUGGGCGGAUCCGUCUCAGAAUCCGUGCGCCGCAGAACCAUCGGGUGGAUGGCAGCUGCUCUACUGGCCGGACGAUAAAAAAUGUUACCGGAUAUUCCAACGUGGGUAUCCGUGUCCGGAAACGAUGGAACUAGUGCCGCGUCCGGAUCGCAAGGGUUCCGCGGAAUGUGCGUGUCCGCCCGGCAGCGUCCGUAGCAAUCGCGAUUCCCGUUGCCAUCAGCUGUUCCGACUCGGUGGUCCCUGCGACGACGGCCAAUACUUUGCUCCUGACCUGGACAGAGAUGACCGGGAAAGGUGGGGAAAAUGUGAAGAUCCAUUACCGUGCGCGGAAAAAGACGAACUGUUUUGGCCCAAAGAUAAGCGAUGCUACCGCAAGCAUUCCAGAGGACCAUGCACCGAAGGACAGCUAUUGGUGCCUAAUGCCAUGAACAACUUAAUUGGUGACUGCCGAUGUGAAAACGUUCCAGAAUUGGCAACUUACUUUUGGGCACCCGCAGGCACGUGUCACGAACACUACACGAUGGGGCCGUGUCAGGAACGCGGUGGCAUAUUCCUUCCGGGCGGCCAGUGCGGAUGUGACCCGUCGCUGCCGCACUUCCACAACGGCACGGGCAAGUGCUACCAACUGGGCGGUAUUGGACCCUGUUCCCCGGGUCACCAGUUUCUGGUGCCCGCCGGCGGUUCCAAGGCCGAGUGCACGUGCAAAGAGGGCCACAUCAAGUGGUUCGGCGACGGCGCGUGCUACAGGCCGUAUACGCGCGGGCCGUGCGCCGCCGGUAACAUGUACAGCGUGAACACGACGGCCACCGGCAUGGCGGUCGGGUGCGUGGACAUACCGUGCACCGCGGGCAAGCUGUACUUCCCGGGCGGCAAGGCUGUCACCGGGUGGCACGAGGCCCGUGCCGGCCGCCAGAUCGUCCUGUUCCAGGACACGGUCAAGACGUCCAUCGAAGGCGUGUCGUACCUGGGCAUGUGCGGUUGCGCCAACGCGGACGCGGCCGCCGGCACGUUUUACUCGUCGUCGUCGGCGCUAGCGUGCAAGUCGCCGGCCACCACCAGGAAACUGCCGCACCAGCAGCAGGACGUCCGCGGCGCCGGCGCGAGCCCGAGGCGGUCGGACGCGCUGCAAGCGCAGGACCCGUGCGGCCACCGGCGCGGCACCGUCGCCUGGACCGACCUGUCGUGCAAGCAGCUGUACCUGCAGGGGCCGUGCGAGCCCGGCGAAUGGGUGGUGCCGGACCGGGGCAAGGGCACCAGGAAGGGCAGGGGCUGGAAGAUGGGCAAGUGCGAGUGCCGGCCCGGGUUCACGGCCGUGCCGGUGCCCGGCGACGCCAACAACGCCACGGCGUGCCAGCCGCCGACGGUCACGCUGGCCAAGUUCCUAAACAUGAGCGACGAGUUCAAUCACAACCACAAUAACCACAACAACAACGCCACGGCCGACGAACGCGGUGGUGGCGGCAACGUCGACGGCGACGACGACAACAGCAACAACAACGGAGUCCGGACGCGAUGAUCGCCCACAAGUCGUACGUUCAAAACGGACGCACUACUACGUCACACCAUUCGUGCCCUCUGGAAUGUGUGAACUAUAUUAAAUAUAUUAUGCGCAUGCGUGUAUAAAUAUUAUAAUUAUGUCAAGACUGCAAAGUAUAUAUUAUUACAUUAUACGAUACAAUAUAUAAAUAUAUAACGCAAAAUUAUGUUGAAUGUGGUUUGACUUCAGACUUUAUAUGGGGGCCGAUGACAGUUUUAAAUCGGAUUUUUGAGAAAUAGCCGCUAGAAAUUUUUAUUAACUAUAUGUCAUAGUACGCGCGGCGUGCGUUGAUCGUUUCCGACUUGGUCCGUUGUUAUUACUAAUAUCGUACGUAUAAAUAUUUUUAAUUUGUUAACUUAAUUUCUCCGAAAAUAAUCUGCUAUACAUCUCAAUCUUAUCCUCGUCGUGCUUAAUCACAUACGCAUAGUGGCUAUAGUGAUUCCUUUAAAAAUAAACGUUAAUCACCUCGGAAAAUAUCAACGGUUUUGAAAAUAAUAUUGUUUUUUACAGACAUUGAUUACUAAAUUGUAAAAAAUUAAAUAUAUAUAUCAUGAUAUUUUUAUUAUUAUCCUUUUAAAUUUUCACGUUUUUCAAGGACAACAUACACUUUAUGUUUUAAAUUUGAAACCGAAUUCAAUAUUAAUGCACCAUAUUUCGCUAAUUUAUUUUAAUUUA